UAUGUAUUUACUAUUUUGAUUUUUGCCACACCCCAGGAAUUGAAUUUUUAAUUUUUUUAAAUUUAACAACUUUUAAUUAACGAGCUAUUCAAUUUUAAUAACUUCGAAGCCAGUGUGAUUUAGCAACGACUAGAAUAUGUUUGUAAAUCAAAUUGUAUGGAUGCUUACAAUUUUAACAGUUAUUUAUUUUGUUGGAGUAAAAAGUCUCGAAUGCUAUGUGUGUGAAAAUCAAGAAGAUAACACUGAAAAGUGUGUAAAAACUAUCAAAACUUGUGAAUACAAUCAAGAUGUUUGUUUAACUGAAAUAAAGUGGGGAAGUACUCCCUAUUGGUCACAAGGUGCUAAGAAACAGUAUUACAUAUCAAAAAGAUGUUCAAACAAAACUGAAUGUGCUACAACUAGGCAACAUUAUAUGCCUCUAUGCACUCAUAUUUGGUAUCAAGAUUGGAUUUGCUCUGACUGUUGCAGAGGUGACCGUUGCAACUAUUAUAUUAUUAGUGGAAGUGAAACUAUGAAGCCUACACACACUGUUUUAUUAGGAAUAGCACUAUUGGCAUGCUUACAGUUAUUUAACUUUGACUAUUAUUUACAGUGAAAAAUGAAUCAAUUUGAAUGCAGUUAGUAAUUACAUAUGAGUGCCUUUUUAUAUUUUUUAAUACUUUUAUAAUGUUUAUGUAUAUAAUAUUGGCCUGUUUCCAUUAUACCAGUAGCAUUCCAGUCCAGCUAUCAAAUUCAGUGCUGGAUCGCAAGUAGAAUAACUAAUCUAAACCAAUUCUGAAAUGCACUGAAUCCAGUAAGGGAUGCAUCCCAGUAACUGGCCUACUUUUAAAUCCAGUGCACCCAUUCCAGUGAUAGCUUUAAAAAUUAAAUUAGUUUGUUAACAUGUUAAGUACCUUAUGUUAUGUUAAGUCCUUUAAAUCAUUAUCACUAUAUAUUAUAGUCUUUAUAAAUCAACGGCUCUUAAAUUAAUGGAAUAACUAAUGUAGAUAAAUAUCAUGCCCUGGAUUUAUUACAUAGCAUUAACGGACUGGAAUGAUAGAAUACACUGUAUUCUAUCAUUACUGGGCUGGAACAAUGGAAAUGGGCCAUUCUGUUUUACUUAUUAAUUGUGUAAGUAUGACAAAAAUAUGCAUAUAUCGCAAGUGAGUCAUCUUUAUUGCAAGAUGGUGAAUGAUGGACAGCUUUCAUAGCAAAGCAGCAAAGAAAAUUAAUAUUGAAAUUAAGUAUUUUAUUGAUGCAGCAACAAAAAUGAAAUCAAUAAAGAACUUAAUAAAUUCUACUUAUAUCUAGAAUAAUGUUGUUAACAUUUUUUUUUCCAAUUGAAUAUAAUAUUAUAACUAUUUAGAUUUUAGAUAAUAAUAUUCCAUUCAACCAUUGUUUUUCUGAUAGUAUAUGUAUUUCAUUUUAGUUAUCAUAAGUAGGUUUAAGGAUUUAAUAGGAAAGAAAUCUCAUAGGUAAAUAUGAAAAUGAUAAAAUGAUAAAAGUUGAAAAGCUUAACAAUAAGUCUAAUUUUAAUUCAAAGUAACAAUGUUACUGCUUGUGCAUUUAUCCUUUUUAGGGUAAAAAUUGUUCACUUUUAGUCAUAAUCCAUUCAUACACAUUCCGUCCAAUAAAAUGUUUUUUGAUAGGUUUAUAUAA